UUCUCCAAGCAGCAGCCCCCUGAUUGAAGAACCAUAGUAGGAUCUGUGGACCUGGCUUCUAGAAGAAAGGAGAUUUUAAGGGAUUCUACAAAUGAAACUACUGCGCAUUCAGAUGCUGGCAGUGAGCUUGAAGAAACAGAAGUCAAAGGAAAAAGAAAAAGGGGCCGUCCUGGCAGGCCUCCAAUGAGCUUCAUAUGCAAACCAUACUUGCUGUUUUGGAAUGCUCGGUUUGAGAAGGAUAGUUGCAACAGCAUGACAGCCAACCCAAGUCCCUAUGGAGCAGGAAAAUAAAAUAAUUUUUUUCUGUAAAAUUCUGCCAAUAAAAAACCUCGAAAAACUCCAGGAGAUAAGAGCCGUUCUGAACCUGGCACUAGAGCAGCAGGUCGUGGAAGAGCUAAUGGUCAUCCUCAACAGAAUGGAGAAGGAGACCCUGUCACUUUGUUUGAGGUGGUUAAGCUCGGGAAAAGCGCCAUGCAGUCUGUGGUGGACGACUGGAUUGAAUCAUAUAAACAAGACAGGGACAUAGCACUUCUGGAUUUAAUCAACUUCUUUAUCCAGUGUUCAGGAUGUCGAGGUACUGUAAGAAUUGAAAUGUUCAGGAACAUGCAGAAUGCAGAAAUCAUUAGAAAAAUGACUGAAGAAUUUGAUGAGGACAGUGGUGAUUAUCCACUUACCAUGCCUGGUCCACAAUGGAAAAAAUUUCGGUCAAAUUUUUGUGAGUUCAUUGGCGUGCUGAUUCGACAGUGUCAGUAUAGCAUCAUUUACGAUGAAUACAUGAUGGAUACAGUCAUCUCUCUUCUGACUGGUUUGUCAGAUUCCCAAGUUCGAGCUUUCAGGCAUACCAGUACGCUCGCUGCUAUGAAGCUUAUGACUGCUCUUGUGAAUGUUGCCUUAAACCUGAGUAUUCAUCAGGAUAAUACACAGAGGCAGUAUGAAGCAGAGAGGAACAAAAUGAUUGGUAAAAGAGCCAAUGAAAGAUUAGAGUUGCUGCUCCAGAAAAGGAAAGAGCUACAAGAAAAUCAAGAUGAAAUCGAAAAUAUGAUGAACUCUAUUUUUAAGGGUAUAUUUGUUCAUAGAUACCGGGAUGCUAUUGCUGAGAUUAGAGCUGUUUGCAUUGAGGAAAUUGGAGUAUGGAUGAAAAUGUACAGUGAUGCCUUUCUGAAUGAUAGUUACUUAAAAUACGUUGGUUGGACACUACAUGACAGGCAAGGUGAAGUGAGGUUGAAGUGUUUGAAAGCUCUUCAAAGCCUGUACACCAACAGGGAGUUGUUUCCUAAACUGGAGCUAUUCACUAACAGAUUCAAGGAUCGCAUUGUAUCAAUGACACUUGAUAAGGAAUAUGAUGUUGCUGUUGAAGCCAUUCGAUUAGUCACGCUAAUACUUCAUGGAAGUGAAGAAGCUCUAUCCAACGAAGACUGUGAGAAUGUUUAUCACUUGGUGUAUUCAGCACACCGGCCUGUUGCAGUAGCAGCUGGAGAGUUCCUUCACAAAAAACUGUUCAGCNGGCAUGACCCUCAAGCAGAAGAAGCAUUAGCAAAGAGGAGGGGACGGAACAGUCCAAAUGGAAAUCUUAUCAGGAUGUUGGUUCUUUUCUUUCUUGAAAGUGAGUUGCAUGAGCAUGCAGCUUACUUGGUGGACAGUUUGUGGGAGAGCUCUCAAGAACUAUUGAAAGACUGGGAAUGCAUGACAGAGUUGCUACUGGAGGAACCAGUCCAAGGAGAAGAAGCAAUGUCUGACCGGCAGGAGAGUGCCCUCAUUGAGCUCAUGGUGUGUACAAUUCGACAAGCUGCUGAAGCACAUCCUCCAGUGGGCAGGGGUACUGGCAAGAGAGUGUUAACUGCAAAAGAAAGGAAAACUCAGAUAGAUGACAGAAAUAAGUUGACUGAACAUUUCAUUAUUGCACUUCCUAUGUUACUCUCAAAGUAUUCCGCCGAUGCAGAGAAAGUAGCAAACCUUCUGCAAAUCCCCCAGUAUUUUGACCUGGAAAUCUACAGUACAGGCAGAAUGGAAAAGCAUCUGGAUGCCUUGUUGAAACAGAUUAAGUUUGUUGUGGAGAAACAUAUAGAAUCAGAUGUUCUAGAAGCUUGCAGCAAAACCUAUAGCAUCCUGUGCAGUGAAGAAUACACCAUUCAGAACAGAGUUGACAUAGCCCACAGCCAGCUGAUUGAUGAAUUUGUGGAUCGAUUCAACCAUUCUGUAGAGGAUCUGUUACAGGAGGGAGAAGAAGCUGAUGAAGAUGAAAUAUACAAUGUGCUUUCCACUUUAAAGAGAUUAACUUCUUUUCACAAUGCUCAUGAUCUCACAAAAUGGGAUCUGUUUAGUAACUGCUACAGAUUACUGAGGACUGGAAUUGAGCAUGGAGCUAUGCCAGAACAGCUAAAUUUUAGACUUGCCCCUGAUGUUUCCAGUGUUUUGGGAUUCUUUGUGUUCCCUCUGUUGCAGAUAGUUGUUCAGGCACUGCAGUGUUCCCAUUAUUCAAUUCUCUGGCAGCUGGUGAAGAUCACUGAAGGCUCUCCCUCGAAAGAAGAUUUGCUGGUUUUGAGGAAAACUGUGAAAUCCUUUCUGGCUGUCUGCCAGCAAUGUCUGUCAAGUGUCCACACUUCAGUCAAAGAACAGGCUUUCAUGCUGCUCUGUGAUCUCUUGAUGAUUUUUAGCCACCAACUUAUGACUGGAGGCAGGGAGGGUCUCCAGCCUUUGGUAUUUAAUCCUGACUCUGGUCUUCAGUCUGAACUCCUUAGCUUUGUGAUGGACCAUGUCUUCAUUGACCAAGAUGACGAGAACCAGAGCAUCGAGGGAGAUGAAGAAGAUGAAGCUAACAAAAUAGAGGCUUUGCAUAAGAGAAGGAACCUCCUGGCAGCAUUUAGCAAACUUAUUAUAUAUGAUAUUGUGGACAUGCAUGCAGCAGCAGAUAUCUUCAAGCACUAUAUGAAGUACUACAAUGACUAUGGAGAUAUCAUUAAGGAAACACUGAGUAAAACAAGGCAAAUCGAUAAAAUCCAGUGUGCAAAGACACUAAUUCUCAGUUUGCAACAGCUGUUUAAUGAGCUUGUUCAGGAACAAGGUCCCAAUUUGGACAGGACAUCUGCCCAUGUCAGCGGGAUUAAAGAACUGGCCCGCAGGUUUGCCCUCACCUUUGGCUUGGAUCAAAUCAAGACAAGAGAGGCCGUGGCCACGCUACACAAGGAUGGUAUAGAAUUUGCCUUCAAGUACCAGAAUCAGAAAGGACAAGACUAUCCACCUCCUAAUCUUGCUUUCCUUGAGGUCCUUAGUGAAUUUUCUUCUAAACUCCUGCGGCAGGACAAAAAGACUGUUCACUCCUACUUGGAGAAGUUCCUGACCGAACAGAUGAUGGAAAGGAGGGAAGAUGUAUGGCUCCCACUAAUUUCCUAUAGAAAUUCACUGGUUACUGGUGGCGAAGAUGACAGGAUGUCUGUGAACAGCGGAAGUAGUAGCAGCAAAGCCUCCUCAGUGAGGAAUAAGAAAGGCCGACCUCCACUUCACAAAAAACGGGUAGAGGAUGAGAAUCUGGAAGGCUCAUGGCUGAACAGGAAUGACAACAUACAAACUCCAGGGGCUCUUCAAGCACCACAGCUCACCUCAACUGUCUUGAGAGAAAACACGAGACAAAUAGGAGAGCAGAUCCAAGAGCAUGAGUCAGAACAAGGAUCUGAACAGGAUUUCUUACACAAUCCCCAGAUGCAGAUAUCUUGGCUGGGCCAGCAGAAGCUAGAAGAUCUAAAUCGAAAGGACAGGACAGGAAUGAACUACAUGAAAGGGAGAAGCGGUGUAAGGCAUGCUGUACGGGGCCUAAUGGAGGAUGAUGCUGAGCCUAUCUUUGAAGACGUAAUGAUGUCCUCACGAGGUCAGCUCGAGGACAUGAACGAGGAGUUUGAGGACACCAUGGUCAUCGAUCUGCCACCCUCAAGAAACCGACGAGAACGGGCUGAAUUGAGGCCGGACUUCUUUGACUCUGCAGCUAUCAUUGAGGAUGAUUCAGUAAGAUCCUGCUUUGCAUUGUUCACUGUUUGAGGAUCCUCUUGUUUUGGCCUCCGGCUAACUGUUGUCUCUCAAUUGUUUUCUGUAGGGAUUCGGAAUGCCUAUGUUCUGAAGUCUGGUGAAGAGAUUUUACAAAUUUGGAACUCUAUUGUUUAGAGCUAGAGGCCUAUAUACUGUGAUAGCUUGUAUGAAAACCACAUUUUUGAUGUGCUACAGUUUGAUUUUUAACCAAAUGAUUAAGGUCAAUCCCUUUUUGUAGUGAGAGAGAAGAGGAACUUCUUAAUGACACAAAGGAAUGUUGGCCAAUCCAAUCACCUCAGAAAGGCUGACCUAAAAAAUCAUUUGUAUCCCUGUUCUUGACUGUCCUAAUACAGAUUUUUUUUCUGGAUGGGGAGGAAGUUUUAAAUUGUUAAGACAGCUGUCAAAAUAAACACUGUUCUACAUAUGUUUUCUGAAAACAGCGUUGAGUGAAAACAGAACUUUUUAACUUUAUUUUUCUGCUGUACAAUUUAAAACUGUUUUAACAUUUGCCUUUUUAUGUUUUAAAAGCUAGCCAUUUUUAUUAAACCUAUGCCUGUCAGCCAUUGACUAGCAAUGAUGCUAUAAGCAGGUCAUCCUGGCUACAGAAACGUGUUUUUGAACACACUGGAUUUGAUUAAUAAUAUGGUACGCUUAUAUCCUCUCAUAGGCAUUGAGAAGAACACUCUUACAAAAGAGGUUAGAAUCCUAAUGAAGUGCAUCUCUGCCAAAAAACGUUCAGAUACUGAUAUGAUAAACCCAGAUUUUAUACUCUUGAGAAGAUUUAUUUUUAUUUAUAAUGGGGCAUAAAGUAAGAGAUGUCCAUGAAGCCACUUUUCCAACAGAUGCUGUGUAACAUUCAUUUUAUAUAGCACUAGGGGACACAAAACAGUACAUUUUCUAUUGGUACUUGCUCUGUGCAUUUUUAGCAACUUAUACCAGCAAAUAAAGUAUUCUCAGUAAAACACACAAAUGGUUCUCAAGUAAUCACUUUGCUGUUUUUACUACCUAUUUCAUGCCCUGCCAAUCCAAGGUACAUAAACAGCAACUUUCCUAUAUAAAAUAGAUUCGGGGGGGAGGAAUCACUUUAGCAUUCAAAAAGCAAUUUUAACUGUACCAUAUAAAAAUGUCGACUUUCCAUGCCGUAAAUACCCUUUUGCGCUAUUUUUGUAAAUUAAUUUUGCCAGUUAGAAGUACUGUAUGUGCUGCAUAGAAAUUUGUGCUUAGAUGGUGAAGUUCUUAAGCUUACAAUGGAAUACAGCUACAUUUUUCAGUGUUAACUGUGCAUAUGAGAGUAAUUCUUUGAAAAAAAAUGAUUUUUUCAAGAAAGUAAAAAAGAAAAAACCCAAAAAGUUCUCAGCUAAUUCAUUGUAAUAAGAGAUUUUCAGUGUCUUCAACGAUUUGGAAUUUCAUUCUGCUUUGAUUUUACAACUGUCUCAUAGCUGCUACUGUAGUUGAAAAUGGCCUGAUAUUUAGAGGUGUGGAAGACCCACGGAAAACCAGAGCACCUCUAAAUAUCAGCCACAAAUGGUUACUCUUCCUUUCUGCGUUUCAGUGUUAGCGUUAAUACCGAGCCAACUGACCCACACCAAGCACAGCAGUUUCAGAGGUGCUUUUUUUAGCAACUGCAGAAUAGUCACGGAGCUUUCUCUUUUACAAGGUCGUCUAACAAAAAACCAAACGUACACCCAGUGCUUACCUUUUGGGAGGGGAGAAACAACUAAUGUAAAAACAAACCAUGUUUCCAUUCUUUUAACAGCUGAGAUUUUUCUUAAAAUGUGUACAGUUCUUGGGGGGGGGCGGGGGGGCGAAGACUUGGUUGCCAAAAACAUUUGACCUGAUGAUUUAGCCAUUCCUCAAACUUGGCUGUCAGGAUUGCAAGCCUCUGCCCUUGCGGGAGCAUUGCUUUAUAUCAUGGGUGAAGGUUACCCCCAAGGGGUAGUGGGUGGGCAGGAAUGGCUGCAUUAAACUGUCAGCACCGUAGUUCUGUGAGAAUAGUAGCAGAAGGAAUGCUGCCUGGUUUGAGUCAUAGUCACAGACCAACCUUGUGCUUCACAGUCCUCUGUGUGGAAAACUGAAUCCUAAUUUAACAUUGUAGAAUACUGUAUAACAAAAAAAAAGUUUACUAUUAAGGUACCUCCAAUGGGUUUCCAGUUCAGUUUGCAGUCAAUAGAUUUUUUUGUAUUAUGAGUGUCUCCUUGAUUGGUUUUGCUAGUAAUUCUGUAAAUUGUACAUUUACAAUAUAAGGUUUUUUUUUCCUUUUGUACAAUUUAAAACUGAUGCUUCACCUUUCCUUUAAUAAACUAUUCAAAAUCAUGAGUGUGA